UGUCCCUUGAGGCCCCCACCGCCGCCCAUCGGAGGCUGUUCCAGGGUCUGGGGCAGCCGCCAACUGACGCGGAGAUCCCCCCUGCCAACUGCAGUCGGCCCGGCCCCUUCAGCUUCUACGUCUCGCUGAAGGACGACAACGGGGAGCACUCUUGCGGCGGCAUCCUCGUGUCGGACGGCGUAAACAGUCUGUCUCGGUGGGUCGUGACCUCGGCGCACUGCAUCGACGACCUGGCGAACCCGAAUGCCGUUUUCUUGCCCGAGGUGGACAUCGCCGGGAGGCGGAGGGACGAGCCCAUUGAGACGCUGACCACGGUGGAGUCCGUGCUGCACCCGGACUGGAGCGGGGACCGCUCGGAAGGCAACGACAUCGCGGUGCUGAAACUCUCCAACACGUCGUGCUACCGUUUCCCGGUGCCCCUGGCGGAGGAGGACUUCACGAUAUCCGUCAAUGGGACCGCGCAGUUCGUCUCGUUCGGCCGGGAGGUCGCGGACGGCGGGUUCUCGGCUCAGCUGCAGGCCGGGAGCUGGGACGUGAUUGGGAGGGAGGACUGCGAGGAGGAGUACAUCGAGGACGACACGGAGCUGACGGACAGCAUGAUGUGCUCGCGGGGCAUGAACGUGGUCGGGAUGUGCCAAGGCGACGAAGGCAGCCCCCUGGUCUGGUUCCCCAACUUUGACAGCCCAGGCGGCAAGGACCCCUUUGCCAAGCGCAUCCUUGGCAUCGCCUCCUUUUCGGACGUCGAAGACUGUCAGUCUCCUGACGGGGUGGCCAUAUUCACGAGCGUCGCCAAAAUGAAUAAAUGGAUCAACGAGACGAUCUUUGAUCUCUUCGAGUGA